AUGUCCGGACAUCCGCAGGGCGGCCACUACGACGACGGCUACGGCCAGACUCAGGGCCAGCAGUCGCACCCUCAGGACGCCUACUACCAGGACGACCAAUACGGUCAAUACCACGACGAGUCUCGUGGCCAGUCUCAGUACCAGCAACAGGGCGAUGCUUAUUAUGACGAAUCAGCUUAUUACGACGGUCAUGGUGGUCAACAGCAGUAUCAACAAAAUGGCAACGGCUACUACGACGAUCGCGGUCAGCAGGGCUACCAAGACGAGUAUUACAACGACCAGUACUACGACCAAGGAGGCGCUCAAGAUGGUUAUGCACAAAACGGCCAACCGCCUCGCCGUCGCGGCCACGACUCCGAGGAGGACUCUGAGACCUUUAGUGACUUCACCAUGCGUUCUGACAUGGCCCGCGCAACCGACAUGGACUACUAUGGCCGUGGAGACGAGCGCUACAACAGCUACCAGGAAGGUGCCCGUGGCUACCGCCCACCCUCCUCUCAGGUCUCCUACGGCGGCAACCGUUCGUCCGGUGCAUCCACGCCCAUCUAUGGAAUGGACUACUCGAAUGCCUUGCCCGCUGGCCAGCGCUCUCGUGAGCCCUAUCCCGCAUGGACCGCCGAGGCACAAAUCCCGUGUACCAAAGAAGAGAUUGAGGACAUUUUUCUGGAUCUGACCGCCAAAUUCGGUUUCCAGCGCGACAGCAUGAGAAACAUGUAUGACCACUUCAUGACGUUGCUAGAUUCCCGCGCGUCACGCAUGUCACCCAACCAGGCGCUUUUGUCGCUUCAUGCCGAUUAUAUUGGUGGCGAAAACGCCAACUUCCGGAGAUGGUACUUUGCUGCUCAUCUCGAUCUCGAUGAUGCCGUUGGAUUUGCAAACAUGAACCUUGGAAAGGCCAGCCGUAGAACGCGCAAGGCUCGCAAGGCUGCGAAGAAGAAGGCCACCGAGAACCCAGGCAACGAGGAUGAGACGCUGGAUGCCUAUGAAGGCGACAACAGUCUCGAGGCGGCUGAGUACCGCUGGAAGACUCGCAUGAACCGCAUGUCACAACACGAACGCGUUCGCCAGGUGGCUUUGUACCUGCUCUGCUGGGGUGAGGCGAACCAAGUUCGUUUUAUGCCGGAGCUCAUGUGCUUCAUCUUCAAGUGCGCAGACGACUACCUCAAUUCGCCUGCUGGUCAAGCGCAGACCGAGCCCGUCGAAGAGUUUACGUACCUCAACGAAAUCAUCACCCCGCUCUACCAAUACUGCCGUGAUCAAGGGUACGAAAUUCAAGAUGGCAAGUACGUCCGUCGUGAACGCGAUCACUCCUCCAUCAUUGGUUAUGACGACAUCAACCAGCUCUUCUGGUACCCAGAGGGUCUCGAAAGAAUUGUCUUCGAAGACAAGUCUCGCAUCGUAGACCUUCCGCCUGCUGAGCGAUACGCAAAGUUGAAGGACGUGGUGUGGAAAAAGGUCUUCUUCAAGACCUACUACGAGCGUCGAUCAUGGUUCCACAUGAUUGUCAACUUCAACCGCAUCUGGGUCAUUCACUUGACCACUUUCUGGUUCUACACCGUCUUCAACUCUCAGCCCGUCUACACCAAGAAGUACGAACAACAGCUGGACAACCGACCGGAGAGGGCCGCCAUCCUUUCCGCUGUUGCUCUCGGUGGUACGAUUGCUUCUCUGAUUCAAAUCUGGGCCACCCUUGCUGAGUGGGCAUACGUUCCACGCAAGUGGGCUGGUGCUCAGCAUCUCACCAAGCGUCUCAUGUUCCUCCUCGCCGUCUUCGCUGUCAACAUUGCACCCAGCGUUUACAUCUUUGGUUUGGACAAGCGGACCGGCACCAUCGCCAACAUUCUUGGAGGCGUUCAAUUCGCCAUUGCUCUGCUUACCUUCAUAUUCUUCUCCAUCAUGCCUCUUGGCGGUCUCUUUGGCAGCUACCUCACUCGCAACUCGCGCAAGUAUGUUGCCAGUCAAACCUUUACCGCCAGUUAUCCGCGUCUCAAGGGCAAUGACAUGUGGAUGUCCUACGGCCUAUGGGUUUUGGUCUUUGCCGCCAAGUUGGCCGAGUCGUACUUCUUCCUGACCCUGUCGAUCAAGGAUCCUAUCCGUAUCCUCUCGCACAUGAAGAAGCCCGACUGUUUGGGUGACGCGAUCUUGGGAGACAUUCUAUGCAAGUACCAGCCAAGAAUUCUGCUCGGUCUCAUGUAUUUCAUGGACUUGAUCUUGUUCUUCUUGGACUCGUAUCUGUGGUACAUCAUCGCGAACAUGUUGUUCUCGGUUUCCCGAUCCUUUUACCUCGGUGUCUCCAUUUGGACCCCGUGGAGGAACAUCUUCUCCCGCCUGCCCAAGCGUAUCUAUUCAAAGGUUCUGGCCACCACGGACAUGGAGAUCAAAUACAAGCCCAAGGUGCUCAUCUCCCAGAUCUGGAACGCUGUCGUCAUCUCGAUGUAUCGGGAACAUCUUUUGGCCAUUGACCAUGUGCAGAAGCUUCUUUACCACCAGGUCCCGUCUGAGCAAGAAGGCAAACGUACCCUGCGAGCACCAACUUUCUUCGUCUCUCAAGAAGACCACUCCUUCAAGACGGAGUUUUUCCCGGCCCAGAGUGAGGCUGAGCGUCGCAUCUCUUUCUUCGCCCAGUCCUUGUCUACGCCGAUUCCUGAGCCUCUUCCCGUGGAUAACAUGCCUACAUUCACCGUCUUGAUCCCUCACUACGGUGAAAAGAUCCUGUUGUCUCUCCGUGAGAUCAUUCGUGAAGAUGAGCCCUACUCUCGGGUCACCCUCCUCGAAUACCUUAAGCAACUUCAUCCUCACGAGUGGGACUGCUUCGUCAAGGACACAAAGAUUCUGGCGGACGAGACAUCUCAAUUCAACGGCGACGAUGAGAAGGGUGAGAAGGACACCGCUAAGAGCAAGAUCGAUGAUCUUCCCUUCUACUGCAUUGGUUUCAAGUCUGCUGCUCCCGAAUACACGCUCCGUACCCGUAUCUGGGCUUCUCUGCGUUCCCAGACGCUUUACCGUACUAUUUCGGGUUUCAUGAACUACAGCCGUGCGAUCAAGCUUCUAUACCGCGUGGAGAACCCAGAGGUCGUCCAGAUGUUCGGUGGUAACUCUGACAAGCUCGAGCGUGAGCUCGAGCGUAUGGCUAGACGCAAGUACAAGAUCUGUGUUUCCAUGCAACGUUAUGCCAAAUUCACAAAGGAGGAGCGUGAGAACACCGAAUUUCUCCUCCGUGCCUACCCUGAUCUUCAAAUUGCCUACCUGGACGAGGAGCCACCACUCAAUGAGGGUGACGAGCCACGCAUUUAUUCCGCCUUGAUUGAUGGUCACUCUGAGAUCAUGGACAAUGGCAUGCGUCGCCCUAAGUUCCGCAUUCAACUCUCUGGCAACCCUAUUCUCGGUGAUGGCAAGUCUGACAACCAGAACCAUUCCAUCAUCUUCUACCGCGGAGAGUACAUCCAGCUUAUCGAUGCUAACCAGGACAACUACCUCGAGGAGUGCUUGAAGAUUCGCAGUGUCCUUGCAGAGUUCGAGGAGAUGACCACCGAUAACGUUUCGCCCUACACUCCCGGCAUCCCCAAUCCAAACUUCAACCCUGUCGCUAUUCUCGGAGCUCGUGAAUACAUCUUCUCCGAGAACAUUGGUAUCCUUGGUGACAUCGCUGCUGGAAAGGAACAGACAUUCGGUACUAUGUUUGCUCGAACCCUGGCUCAGAUUGGUGGCAAGCUCCAUUAUGGUCACCCUGAUUUCCUCAACGGUAUCUUCAUGACCACUCGUGGUGGUGUUUCCAAGGCCCAAAAGGGACUGCAUCUGAACGAGGAUAUCUACGCUGGCAUGAAUGCUCUUCUCCGUGGUGGUCGCAUAAAGCACUGCGAGUACUACCAGUGUGGAAAGGGUCGUGAUCUUGGUUUCGGCUCUGUGCUCAACUUCACAACCAAGAUUGGUACUGGUAUGGGUGAGCAGAUGCUGUCCCGCGAGUACUACUAUCUGGGAACACAGCUUCCUCUCGACCGUUUCUUGUCCUUCUACUACGCCCAUCCUGGUUUCCACAUCAACAACAUGUUCAUCAUGUUGUCUGUGCAGUGCUUCAUGUUCGUCUUGGUCAACCUCGGCGCUCUCAACCACGAGAUCAUUCUCUGCCAGUUCAACAAGGACCUCCCGAUUACCGAUCCUCAGUGGCCCAACGGUUGCGCCAACUUGGUACCUGUAUUCGACUGGGUUGCACGUUGUAUUGUGUCCAUCUUCAUUGUCUUCUUCAUCUCCUUCGUGCCCCUUGUGGUUCAAGAGUUGACUGAGCGUGGGUUUUGGCGCGCUGCGACUCGUCUCGCCAAGCACUUCUCAUCUGGUUCGCCCUUCUUCGAGGUGUUUGUCACGCAAAUUUACGCCAACUCCCUCCAGACGAACUUGUCAUUCGGUGGUGCUCGUUACAUUGGUACUGGCCGUGGUUUCGCCACUGCCCGUAUUCCAUUCGGUAUCCUCUACUCUCGAUUUGCUGGACCAUCCAUUUAUCUUGGUGCUCGUGCCUUGAUGAUGAUUCUGUUCGCUACCAUCACGGUCUGGGGACCAUGGCUCAUCUAUUUCUGGGCAUCCCUGUUGUCUCUUUGCUUGGCCCCCUUCCUCUUCAAUCCUCACCAGUUCUCGUGGGACGAUUUCUUCAUCGACUACAGGGAGUACCUUCGCUGGCUGUCUCGCGGAAACACUCGAUCCCACAGCGCGUCCUGGAUCGGUUACUGCCGUCUGUCACGUACUCGUAUCACGGGUUACAAACGCAAGGUGCUGGGAGAUCCUUCGUCUAAGCUCUCGGGUGACGUUCCACGGGCUCAGUUCAGCAACAUCUUCAUGGCAGAGAUCCUUGGGCCCCUUGUUCUUGUCGCUAUCACCUUGGUCCCCUACCUGUUCAUCAACGCUCAGACUGGUGUCAACGACAGGCGCAACACUGCUGAGGAGAAGCCCAAUCUUCCUCCUCCCAAGGCAUCAGGCGCCCUUGUCCGCAUUGGCCUUGUUGCUCUGGGACCUGUCGCCGUCAAUGCCGGUGUACUGGCGGGACUUUUCGCCUUGGCUUGUUGCGCUGGACCUCUCCUGAGCAUGUGCUGCAAGAAAUUCGGUGCCGUUCUCGCCGCCAUUGCGCACGCCAUUGCUGUCAUCAUGCUGUUGGUCUUCUUCGUCGUCCUGAUGUUCCUUGAGGGCUUUAGUUUCCCGAGGGCAUUGGGUGGUAUGAUUGCAGUCACCGCCAUCCAGCGAUUCUUAUUCAAGCUGAUCAUCUCUCUUGCUCUCACUCGUGAGUUCAAGGCGGAUACUUCCAACAUCGCUUGGUGGACUGGAAAGUGGUACACCAUGGGCUGGCACACCAUCUCGCAGCCUGGCCGUGAAUUUCUCUGCAAGAUUUGUGAGCUUGGCAUGUUCGCCGCCGACUUCAUCCUGGGACAUGUCCUUCUCUUCUUCAUGCUUCCUGUCUUGUUAAUUCCUUACGCCGACAAGUUCCACUCUGUCAUGCUGUUCUGGCUUCGCCCAAGUCGUCAGAUCCGACCUCCCAUCUACUCGCUCAAGCAGACCAAGCUUCGCAAGCGCAGAGUUAUCCGCUAUGCCAUUCUCUACUUCACCCUCCUUGUGGUCUUCCUUGUCCUGAUUGUCGGACCCAUUAUCGUUGGGGAAAAGUUCAAGUUUGAUUUCCCCAUGACGCUGCCCAUGGAGAUUCUGCAGCCGACUGGUUACAACAACAACGACACAACUACGUCGGUGACUGGAAGCUGUGUGAAUGGCAUGAAGUGUCCCGAAUGGAAUCCUGCUGGCGAGACAGCUAGCUCGGAUGAAGCGGUGGACCCCGCAACUCGUCGUUUCCGCCGCUACAUGGCCUACUAA